AUUGAACAUUCGUUUUGAUAAUUAUUACAUGGUCUAUUGAACAUUUAGCAAUGGAGGAAUAACAUGCACAAUGUGCAAAUAGAGCAUAAUUCUCUAUCCUGCCUAUUCAUCUGUCCUAUUUUUCUACCGUGUAUAAUGAACCAUGGUCGGUGAGGCGGCGAUUAACUCAUGGUGGGAGGCCUGAGACGUUCGCUGCGGCCCCCACCACUUUUCAAGCUGCGCGAAAGGCUCCUAGUCAUUCGGGAACUCAAGUAUAGAUUGUCAUUGAUUUAAUUAUCCUCUAUAUUUAAUGUAUUAGGUCCGUACAUAGAUUUCUCAACAGCGUUCCCUUAUGGAUCCUUCACAUUACAGUAACGUAACGUACCGUAAGAAAAAUCAUAUUUGGUUUCCGGCAAAAUUUUGGAUUUGAAAGAUGCCUUCGCCGUAAGAAGCAGUACCAUAGCAGAACGUUGAAAGAAUAGGGAAACCUUAAACCAAAGAAGAGCCUUAAAGGGAUCUGGCGACUUCUUCCACAAACCAACGCUAAAGUAUGGGUCCCCCAUUCGCUGUGCAGCUUCGAAUAGCUGCUAGACUUUUUUACUGCCGACACUAUAACAUUCAGGUCAAUUCGUACGUAACUUUGAAACAUCAUGAGCCGGGAUGUUUUCCCAUUAGAGUCACCGUAAAAUAUCUCAGAUACAGCAAUACAUACUGAUGUUUAACAAUUUUAUUUGAUAACUAACUAUUACAGUUAGCGACAAUGAUUCGCUGACAGUUAAAAGCCUUUUGUGGUCCCCGUGCUUGGGUUUCCCUAUACCUUCAACUUUCUGCUAUGAUACUGUUUCUUAUGACGGAGGCAUCUUCCGAGCUCAAAAUUUCGCCAGAAACUACGUUAGAUUUUUCUUACGGUACGUUACGUUACAGUAAUAUGAAAGGUCCACUAAUCGACUUCUUAACACACAUACAGCUGACACAUGCGACGCCGGAACGCUACUUUGCCCUCUCACAUCCCACAUUUGUACCACCUAUUCUAACGAAACAGAUUGAAAAAUAUUAACUGUGCUUUAAGCUACUCGAUAUAAACUAAUGAUUUGAUUAAAAUUUAUAGAUUAUUCCAAUUGAUAUACCGGAUGUGCAUCAAACAUGUCUCAACAUAAAAUUUUAUCGACAUCUUGACAAGGCGUAUACAGACAGUUAAUGACAACUCUCGCUGAGGGGAAUCUAAAUGCAGGGAAAGAAUUUUUGCCAAAUCAUAGGCCAUAUUUGAUACAGAAUUAGAAACUAGGAUAUUGCUUGGUAUGUCAUGCUCUUAUAAAGAAACGUAUAGAGACUGUUAAGCUACUUUUAAUAAACCUCAUGAAAAUCUAUAGACGAGAACGAUUAUCUAUCGAAGAAGUACUUCUCUUUGCUUGCAGAAGAGGUAACACACAAAUUAUUCUUGCAUACCAAGUAUUUACAUAGCUUGUAUUUCUAAGUGUUUACGUAGAUGCUUCAGACAAAUUCGGUCGCAUUGCCCUUCAAAAUGCAGUCAUGAAGAACGACUUAAAAAUCAUUCAGUUAUAACACGUACGGAGCUAGCGUUGAUGCUAAAUACAACGACGGUUAUAGCGCGAUUCACGUUCGAUUAUGGAAGAUAAUCAGAAAAUAGUCAAACUGCUCGUAGAAGACAAUGUUAACGUCGAUACACUGGACAAGAAUGAGCAGAACGUUGCACCCCUUGUCGAUAGAGAUAAAGAGUAUUCCAUUGCUGCGGAUGAGAUCUUAGAAUUAGAAUAUUUUCGUAACAAGAACAAGGAAGACAAUCUUAAAAAUGCUGUAUGUGGAAGCAGAAGAAAAUGUAAAUAUAUCGUUGAUUCCUUUUUGAAAUAUGGAUUCAUUCUUAGUCCGCAGGAUGCGAACGACUAUCAAUUAUUAAGCUACGCUGUUGAAAAAGGGUUCUUGAAGGUUGUCGAGGCGUUAUUGAAACUCGGUGCUGACGUUAAUCAGCUGUACGAAAGCGGAAAAUUUAAUAAAAGACUGACACUUUUACAUAUUGCUGCAUGGACCAAGCAGAAAGAGAUGGCAAGAUUAUUAAUAAAUUACAAAGCUGAUGUAAAUGCGAAAGAUGGUACUGACUAUGUUCCCAUGCAUUACGUUGUUCGAAAUGACGAUUUGAAAAUGUCGCGAUUACUUCUGAGUAACAAUGCCGAGAUAAAAGAUGAGCCUAUAUUGUUGUGCAUCGCCAUUGUAAACAAAUGCAAACCAGUUAUAGAACUUCUUUUACAAUACGGUAUCGAUAUUAAUUGUAAAGACCAAUUUGGAAUGACAGCUUUACAUACAUGUGUUUAUUAUUGUGCAAAUUACGAAAUCCCUAAGCUUAUGCUCAACGAACAUGCUGAAAUUGAUUCAAAAACUAAUACUGAUGUAACGAUGCUUGAUGAAGGCGUUCGUGAAAGCAACAUAGGUAUCGUCGAUAUUCUGUUGAAAUAUAAUGCGGAUGUUAAUUGCGCAGAUGGAAACGGUGCAACACCGCUUCAUUACUCUGCGAAGAAUGGGACAAUGGAAAUUUGUAAACUACUCGUGAAGAAAAGUGCUAAUGUGGACACGAAACAAAACGAUGGAUCAACGCCGCUUCAUCUUGCUGCUAGGGAAGGUCACAUGGACAUUAUCGAGGUUCUGUUGAAUGCGGGUGCCGACAUCAAUUGUACAGAUCUAAAUGGUCAUACCUCGCUUCAUGAAUGUGCUAGUCUUCGACGCAUAGACGUCGCGAAAUUUCUUUUGGAUCAUAAUGCGGAUAUUAAUUCGAAGAGUGUACAGGGUGACACACCGCUUCAUUUAUCUGCGAUCAACUAUAACGACGACAUGUGCAAGUUACUCAUAUCGAAUGGUGCCGAUGUAAGCAGCCAGGGAAACGAUGGAUCAACGCCGCUUCAUCGUGCUGUUAAAAAAGGUGUCGUAAGUAUCAUCGAGAUUCUGGUGAACUUUGGUGCUGAUGUCCAUUGCAGAGAUCAAUGUGGCAAUACCGCGCUUCACCUUGCUUCAAAAAGAGGAGAAUACGAUGCCGUUUUGACUCUAAUAAGACACGGUUCUGAUAUUAACAUUCUUAACAAACAAAAUUAUACACCGUUACAUUUCGCUCUAUUUCUCAAUAAUAAAACAAUUACCAUCUUUGUAGAACACAUAAUAAAAAUGAUGACCGCUAACUUAUACCUAAAUCCUGUAAUUAUGUCUGCAUUUAAUACUAUCUAUAAUCCAGAUACGAUACAGUUCGAGGAGAAAUGUAAGGAAGAGUUGGAGAGAAUGACAAAAGCGAAAAUUAUAAACAACAUUUCUCUUCGUGAUAUUCUAACUAAGAACAGAAGUCAGUUACUGCAGUAUGUGAGGAACAAAGACAUCAUGCAGUAUUUAAAACUAAAUAAUUACGCAGUAAAGUUUCCCCUUUAUGCUAGUAUCAUAAACAAUCGAUUCAUAUCUGGUGUUGAAAGAAUAAAGUUAUUAGAUGAGGGCGUUCGAGUAUCCCACGAUUUCUUCCGUGCUUUUUUGGUUAAUAGGGCCUUACCUUAUAUUUGUAUCGAACAUAUAUUUGGCUACCUAAGUAAUCAUGAUCUAAAGAUUCUGAUAGACGUUUGUACAUAUGUUAAUUAGAGUUAAGAAAUCUGAAACUUUGGAAUACUUAACUAAUGAUCCUAAUAAAUAGUUAUUCUCUACUUUG